AUGGCGGAUAAACCCCUUGAUCUCGGACCCCUUGUAUCAGGCAUUACGACUGUCAAUGAGCAGGACAAUAAUCAUUGUCCCCAAGAAGUUGGUCGACAGUCUAUUCAACUCGAAGUCCAAUCUCUCUCAGACAUUGUAGACGAGUGUCAAGCGGAUGCCCAGUCAAAUCGUAUGACUAUUGACUCUUUGCCAACGGAGUUGCUCUCAGAAAUACUGGUGUCCUCUCUCCCGCAGCAUCACUUUGUUCACUGGUGCUGGGUUCUUGUAUUCACGCGCGUAUCGAGACGCUGGAGAGCUGUUGCUGAAGCCACGCCGGGACUAUGGUGUUCUCUGGAUAUUGAACUGGGAUGGACUCAAUGGCCCCGUAUCAAGCUGAAGCAGGCAAACCUUUUCAUGAGGAUGUGGACGGAGCGUUCUGGCGCGUUGUCACUCAGCCUGUCUCUCAAGAUCCCUUCUUACUACCUCAAAGAGGAUCUGCCGAAAGAAGAAAGCCGCAGAAUGGACUGCGUCAAGAUCCUGAAGGCCAAUUUUUACCGCUGCAGGAAGCUCCGUCUCAUUGCGCCUAGCAAGAUCAUAGCUACUCUGCCGGACGUGCCCACGCCAUAUCUGGAAAGCCUCUUGCUGCUCAACGACGACAAUCGCCGCUUGAUGCUCGACACCCUGCCUUCUUUAGCGAAUGCCGCCCGCUUACAAUAUGUCCACCUGACUCAUAUUGACCCGCAGUUCAGUCUGAAGACAUUCAACUUCGAGCUCCUGCGACAUCUCAUUCUCACUGAUGUCAGGGGUUCCGCACUCGUGAGAUGCAUGGACAUUCUGGGGAAAUGCGCCAACUUAGAGAGCCUGAAGAUGGAAGUUAGCAAGAUCUCGGAAGAAGAGGUGGACCCUUUCUUCGUGCGCCGUCCACGGCCGACGUACGCACAGCUACGCAAGCUCGACGUCACAAUCUGGAAUUCCUGGUACAACUUUAGCGGCGUCCUGGACUGGCUACUCCUCCCCGCCCUGCGCUCUCUGACGAUCGCAGGAAACUCCAUACGGCUUGACCCCUUUCUCACAGACGCCAUCAUCAGGGACGGAUCUGCCAUCGAGCACCUCGACUUGAGCCACUCCCAGAGCGGCAGAAUGCUUUUCCAGGACGAAGACCAGCUGGUGCGGUUUUUCAAGGCCCUGCCGCAGCUCCGCGUGCUCCGUAUGGGCGGUGUGAGGGCUGGCUACAAGCCAUUCGACGACCACGUCCUCCAUGCUCUGACAUACGACCCCGAGCGUUUCUCGACAGGAGAGUAUCUCCUCCCACAGCUCGAGGAGAUAUCGGUGUGUUAUGUAAGUCCAUAUUGCACGGGGCGCCGUGUCGCUGCCAUGCUGGACUCGCGGCGGACGCUCCCCGCGGAUGGGCCGGUAGCGCGCCUGCGGGAGGCGUCCAUCAUAAAACCUUGGCCGUGGAUGCCUAACACGCAGCGCUGGGUGGUGAAGGACGGCGGCGAGGUCGAGUAUUUCGCACGACAGUACUCAGGAAAUAUGGAUUUCAAUCCCGAGUUUUGCUGGUUGUAG